CUCUCAUCAUCGCCUACGAAACCGCAACGCCGCAACGCCGCAGCGCCCUCUGACAUCCUCUAUUGCAGCAUUCUGCGACGCAUAGCCAGACUGUCACUAUUCGGAGCUGGCUGUAAUGAUUCACAUGACUUGAAGUUCAACAUCGACCUUGCACGAAUCGCUCGCAAAAACCCUCCUCGCUCGAACAAUAGCAGUCUCCAGUCACCAUGUUGGAAAGUCUGGUGGCCAACCUGCUGAACAGGUUCCUGGGCAUGUACGUCCGGAACUUCGAUCCAAAGCAGCUGAACAUUGGAAUCUGGUCAGGAGAUGUUACUUUACGGGACCUGGAGCUCCGAAGGGAAGCUCUCGACCAAUUUCACCUACCACUGAACGUCGUCGAAGGUCAUAUCUCCACACUCGUCCUCAAAAUUCCCUGGUCAAAUCUACGCGGCGCGCCGGUACGCAUUUCCAUCGAGGAUGUGUUCUUGCUCGCUGCACCCAAGGAGGAGCAGGAGUUUGACGCCGAAGAGGAAGAAAAACGUGCACAUGCCGUGAAGAUGGAGAAGCUGGACAGCGCGGAACUGCUCAAAGAACGCAACACGGAAGGAAUGUCGCAAGAGGAGCAACAAAAGCAACAGUCGUUCACGGCCGCGUUGACCACCACGAUCAUUGACAACGUCCAGAUCCAAGUCAAAAACGUUCACAUCCGAUACGAGGAUGCGCUGUCAGAUCCGGGCCACCCUUUUGCCGCAGGCCUUACCCUACAAGAGCUGAGUGCCGUCUCGACCGAUGAGAAUUGGAAGCCGACCUGGGUCGCUGGAUCAAGCACCACGACCCACAAACUGGCGACGCUGGGCUCAUUGGCAAUGUAUUGGGACACAGAUGCCACACUUUUCGGAGCAGGCACUGGCGAAGAGAGCUCCGGCGACCACAAAGAAAUAUUAGCCAAGUUCCGAGAAUUGAUCGUCAAGGGCGACAGUCCCGAAGUUGAACAGCAUCAAUUCAUCCUGAAGCCGGUCUCCGGUCGAGCCGGACUUGAAAUGGACAAGUCCGGCAAGCAUGAUCGUCCCAAGAUGAAAGCACGAUUGCUAUUCAACGAGCUGGGCUUUGUCCUUGAUGAUCAUCAGUACCGCGAUGCGCUCAUGCUCGUCGACCUCUUCCACUACUUCAUCCGACACCAGGAAUAUAAGAAGCUUCAACCCAAGUCUUUACCAAAAGAGGACCCUCGAGCUUGGCUGCUUUUCGCCGGUAAGGCAGUCCUGGACCGUAUCCAUGAGAGAAACCGGCGCUGGUCGUGGGAGUAUCUAGCCGAGCGUCGAGACGAUCGUAGAGCAUACAUCAAGCUUUUCAAGAAAAAGAAGAGCGAAGAAAAGCUUACACCCGAGGAAACUGGAGAGCUUGAUGAACUAGAGCAUAAGCUCUCAUACGAAGACCUCCGCUUCUGGCGAUCCCUCGCAAGAAAUGAGCUGAGAAAAGAAGGUGCUGUCAAGAAGAUCGAGCCGCCCAAGGCAACCUGGAGCUCGUACAUCUGGGGAGCAUCGAAGCCACAGCAACAGAAUUCCGCGCCCGACGACAGCCAGAUGACCGAAGCGCAACGCAAGGAGCUGUACCAAGCCAUCGAUUUUGACGAGAAGAAAAGCAUCACCGAAGCUGUAGAUCUCCCUCGCGAGGCUGUCAAAUUGCAAGUCGACAUGAAUCUCAAAGCCGGCAGUUUUACCCUCCGACGAGACCCGCAUGGAAAGAGACGAGACAUACUCAAGUUACUUUUCGAUGACUUCAGUACCGAGUUCAUUCAGAGGACGGACUCUACAUUGCUGGAUUUGAGCCUCGGCGACAUGCGAUUGCAUGAUGGGUCUACAGAAGGCAACCUCUUUGAGCAGAUGCUCGUGGUUAAAGACGCGCCACUUAUAGCCGACAAGGACCGAAUUCGAGAAUUGACCGACGACGACGACGGGGAGCACCCAGAUGCGGAGCAGGACGGUGACGAACAGGACCCUUUCUUCAGCAUGUCGUUUGAGUCGAACCCUCUCGACAAUCGGGCAGACACAGCCUUGACCGUGAAACUCAAAGCCCUAGAGAUUGUGUACAACCCCAACUUUGUGGUACAGGUCUCGAACUUCUUCAAACCACCAGAGAAACACACAGAGUCGAUCGGAGCGCUCAUGGAAAGCGCAGGUACGACGGUGGAAGGUCUCCGUCAGCAAACUCGAGCGGGCCUCGAGUAUGCGCUGCAAGAACACAAGACGAUUGAUGUGCAACUCGAUCUACAAGCACCUUUGAUUAUCGUGCCAGACACCGUUGUCAAGAAAAGUGACAUUUGCUUGAUCCUGGAUGCAGGUCGGGUGAGCGUGCGCAGUGAACUGAUUGACAAAAAGACGCUGGCCGAGGUCCAAAGCAAGGAAAAGCAAAGCUACACGGACAAGGACCUCAAACAGCUCGAGGCGUUGAUGUACGACAAAUUCCAGCUCAAACUGGAGUCCACACAAUUGCUCAUCGGUACAACCGUCGAGGAGACCAAAGAAAAGCUUGAAGCUACAGACGCUGCCCACAAUUUUCACUUGGUGGACAGGAUCAACAUGGACUUCACCAUCGAGACCUGCAUCAUUCCGAAAACGACAGAGCUAACCAAGUUCCGAAUCAAAGGUCACCUUCCGGUCCUGCAUGUACAAUUCUCUGACCAAAAGUAUAAAGCUCUGAUGAAAAUCCUCAACUUCGCAGUCCCCAAAUUUAAUGAUGCAGAGCCGAAGGAAAUCACAGGCGCUAAGGACGGUAGCAAAUCAGGUGACGAAGAAAGAUUGAAGGCAUCACAACCGAGCACAUCGAGGCCUAGAGGCAAAUCGUUCCAGCUGUCGAAGGAUGAUCUUGUGAUCGAAGAGUCUCACGGUACGGCUGAACAGACAUCCGGGCGGACCGCUCACGGUGGAAAUCAGCAAUCCAAAAAGCACGAAGUCAACCUGAAACAGCGGAAUUUCGAGUUCAAGUUUGUGGUAGACAAGUUGCAAGGCUCGCUGUUCAGAGCUGAUGCAGAAGGGAAGCAAUCUGACCAAUUGCUGGUAGAACUUAUCGCUGAGACAUUUUACCUCGAGUUCUACCAGCGAGCGUUUGACAUGGUUGCCGAUGUGAGGCUUCGCGCACUUGCGGUUGAAGACCACGUUGAAGAAUCGCCGGCUCCAGAAUUUAAGAACCUGAUCUCAAGCGAGGACUUAGUCGACAAGAAGGAGCAAGAUCUUUUGACCGUGCACUUUCAAAUGGUCAAUAAUGAUCAUCCCGAGUUCUCCAGUACUUAUGAGGGUAUCAAGACAAAUCUCGAUGUCGCCGUGUCCACCAUCAACGUUAUGGUCACAAGGAAAACGCUGCUGACGCUUCUCGAUUUCGUGAUGGUCACAUUCACGAACGCACCAGCCGAGACAAUACAGGGCCAGCAGCAGCAGAAUCUCCUAGCGGAGGGCACCACUGAGAUUGUUCAGCAACCCGCCAGCGACAAGAUUCGAAUCAAAGCGGAGAUGAGAAGAAUUGCUAUAAUCCUCAACAACGAUAGUAUUCGUCUCGCGACUCUCAGCUUGACAUCUGCAGUCGUAAAUGUGUUCCUCAUGGGCAAAGCUUUGCGUGUCAGCGCUCGACUCGGUGCUCUUGAUCUAGUGGAUGACAUCAAUCAAGGUGUCUCGGAAGAUUCUAAUCUUCGCCAGCUUGUCUCUAUCCAAGGCGACGACCUUGCGGAUUUCCGUUACGAGACCUUCGACCAAGACGCGGAAUCGUAUCCAGGCUAUGAUAAUGAGGUGUUCCUGCGAUCAGGUUCAAUAAAAAUCAAUUUCGUCACCGAGCCAUUCCGAAAGAUUGCGGAGUUCGGGGUUAAAUUUGGCAAAAUGCAGGCAAUCUUCAAUGCUGCACGACAAGCGGCAGCGAACCAGGCUACCAAAGUUCAAGAAACAGCAGGCAAGAUGCAUUUUGACAUAUUGAUCAAGACUCCAAUCGUCACUUUCCCGCGCAUGGUGAUAACUAAUAGUCCCGAGCGCGAUCUGGUGACAGCAUACUUGGGAGAAAUUUAUGCCAACAAUACAUUCGUGCCGGUUGAUGGCUCCGAGACUGAAAAGUCAAAUCAACUUUCCGCAGGUAUUCACAAUAUCAGAUUGACGUCAACCUUCCAUUACCCCGAUGAAAAAGCCGAAGAGCUUGAAAUGAUCGACAAAGUCAACAUCGACUUCAAAAUCACACAGACUGAACACAAAGCGGGACGUGAGCGACCUGAUUCGGAGAUUGAGGGAUCUAUGUCGGACAUCAACCUGCGAUUGACUGAGGCUCAAUUCAAAUUCGUCAUGGAGCUGUCGAGAAACAUUCCAACGGCCUUUGCCCUCGAGUCCGAUCAGGAGAUGGAGGAUGAGAUUGAGGAGGAAUUGCCGCAGGAGAUCGUCAAAGACAGCCAGAAAUUGGAGGAUACAACGCACCCCACAGAAGCUGAGACCGGCACCGACCUUGCAAAAGCUUCCCGGCAGGAGCCCGAACUCGGUAAUGAUGCAGGGGCCUGGACAAAACUGGAUCUUGUUUUCAAAGUGGGGGCUAUUGCGCUGGAGCUCAUCCAUGGUGACAUCGACGCUCCCGUGGGUGAUCUGGAAGCUGCCAGCCUUUCAAAGUUCAGCUUGAACGAGACCAGCAUUAAGUUGCGCAUGCUCAGCGAUGGUGGUCUAGAAAGUGAAUUGCUCAUUCAAUCGUUCACAAUUACCGACACGAGAACUCGAGACAAGAACAAAUUUCGAAAAAUCAUGUCAUUGAUAAACACAGACGUAAAGCAGCAGUUCAUGGCCAGCGUGUCCAUCAGUGGAGGCCAGGAGAAGAAUCUCAUUGCGCUGCUUACGAUUGACAGCCCGCGAAUCAUUCUUGCUCUCGACUACAUAUUCGACGUACUGAAGUUCAUUCAGAAGGGUUUUGAGCAGCCUGAGCCGUUGAUAAUCUCGGAUGCCGAUGAUUCUGACACUGAUGAUCUGCUCAGCAACGACGAGCAGAAUUUGCAGUUGAGCCAAGAGGAUCAUCGCGAAGAGGCUGUUCCACCGACUGGAAACAGCAUGAAAAUUGCAUAUCGCGUGAACGUUGUAGAUGCGCAAAUCGUCCUUAUUGCUAAUCCGGCAAUCAGCAACUCUGAAGCCAUUGUCCUCGGCACGAAGCAGGUGCUUGUGUCGCAACAGCACGCGAUGACAUUGCAAGUGGAAAAGAUUGGCAUGUUUCUCUGUCGCAUGGACCAAUUCGAGACCACGAGAUUGCGCAUUCUUGACGACUUCAAUAUCCAGACAUCGCUGGACAUGCGCUCACAGACGAAAGACUCCUCACUUACCAACAUUGAGGUCGAUAUCGAGCCGCUUGUACUUCGACUUUCAUUGCGUGAUAUCAUGCUUGCAAUGCAAAUCGUCAACCGAGCCUCCGCAAUGUCUGCAGAUACUGAUAAGAAGAUGGAUGACUCCGACCCGAAGAAACUUGCCCAAAUCAAGGCGUCAUCCAAAAAAGGGAAGUCCGGAACUUCCACCAAGCGUCACGCUGUUUCCACACAACAUGUCCCAGCAAAGACGAUCAGUACCAAGCGCUCGACUGUCAAGGAAGAAGAAGAGCAUCAGGCGGUUGGCUCUGCUGUGUUGAAGCGCGAGGAGAUGAGAAUCCAAAUGGAUGGUAUCCGCGUGGUCCUCAUCGGCGACACUCAUGAACUUCCCAUGGUUGACUGGAGCGUCAAGAAGUUUGCCGUCGAAGUUCGGGACUGGACAGCUAAUAUGAGUGCUGAUGCCAACAUCGAAACGUUCUUCAAUGUCUUCAACUUUUCGAAAUCUGCCUGGGAGCCGCUGAUUGAGCCAUGGUCACUGGGCUUCCACAUGGUGAAGCAAACGAAGCCAGACAAAUUGGCUCUGGAGCUUUACUCGCGCAAGUCUCUGGAGCUGACGCUCACAUCCUCUACGAUUGCCAUGGCCUCCAAGUCUGCGCAGUUCCUAUCUUCUGACGAAGACGUUCUGUCAAAGCCAAGAGGGAAUGAUGCGCCUUACACAAUCCGCAAUUACACAGGCUUUGACAUCAAUGUAUGGACUUCAGGCGACUCAGACGAUGACGGACAAGCCGCAAAGCUAGCCGAUGGUGAGGAAAAGCCUUGGCGAUUCGAAGACCCCAUGACGACACGUGAAACUCUGUCCCCGGAUGGUCAGACUGGUGUCAUAGGUGUCCGGCUAGAGAAUAGUGGAUUCGACAGCAUUGAUCGUAUCCAAGUGAAUCGCGAAGGCGAAGACCUCUACAACUUGAAGCCUAGGAAGGACAAGAUUCAGCACCGGCUGCUCGUCGAGGUAGAAUUGGGCACCGACAAUGUCAAGUACAUCACGAUUCGUUCGCCUUUGCUUGUGGAGAAUCACACUCAGAUUCCCGUCGAACUCGGCGUGUACAGCCCCGACGACGGGCAUCUACUUAAGAUCGAGAAGAUAGCUCCGGGAGAGUCUCGACCAGCUCCUGUCGGGGCUGCAUACAUGCACUCACUUGUCGUGCGGCCUGAUCAAGGAUUCGGCUACACUUGGUCGAACGAACGUCUCUUCUGGAAAGAUCUACUGAAACGACCAGUCCGUACCUUGACAUGCCAAGGCGAAAACAGUGAUAAUUCGCCCCCGUUCUACUUCCAGAUGCAGGCUGUGUUUGAUAAGAGCAGUCCUAUCUCUAGGUAUGUCUGUCGUUUGAAUUCAUCAUUUGUGGCGCUUGCUGAUCUUAAACCUUUUAGUGUUUAUCCUUACAUGCGGAUUCGAUUAUCAGCCCCGAUCGAGGUUCACAAUCUGCUGCCAUUCGAUUUCAAAUACAGAAUCUACGACAAGACCACAAAGAAGGACUGGACUAAUUUCCUUCGCAAAGGAGGUGUCAGCCCCAUUCACGUGGUUGAGCUGUCCCAUCUGCUUCUGAUGAGUAUUGACAUGCAAGAUACUCCAUUCAAAGCGAGCGAGUUUGCCAUCAUCAACACAAGCGACGACAACGAUUUCCGCAGAGAGAAAUCUAUCGCUGUCAAGGAUAAGGAUAAUCUGGAAUUGCGUCUGAAGAUCCAUUACUCAAAUAUCGCUGACAGUGGUGGAGCUUUCAAGAUCACUGUGUUCAGCCCAUAUGUCAUCUUGAACCGCACUGGACUCGAGUUGGAUAUCAGAAGCAAAGCUUAUUUUGGCUCGUCAAAAUCUGCUGCAGGUACUUCUGCUACGUUUGCUGACACUGAAGACGACUCACAGAAGGCCUCGCCGUUCAUGUUCUCCUUCCCGAGCGAUGAUCGUAAGAAUCGGGCCCUCAUCAAAGUUGGGCAAUCAUCAUGGAGUCAAGCCGUGAGCUUUGACGCCAUUGGCGCAGACGUCAACGUCAAAUUACCUGCAGAAAGCGGACGAAGCGAGAUGCAUUGUGGACUCAGCGUCAUCGAAGGAGAAGGAAAGUACAAGCUCUCGAAGGUGGUUACCAUCGCGCCAAGGUUUGUUGUCAAGAACCGGCUCUCAGAAGAGAUUCAAAUUCGAGAACCUGGAUCAUCCGAUGCUGUUAGCUUGCACCCUGGUGAACUCUAUCCUCUUCGCUUCUUGAAGCAGACGACCGGCCAGCAGCUCAGUCUCUGCUUCCCCGGUGUCAACAAUUCAUGGUCGUCACCGUUUGACAUUGCCAAUGUCGGAAGUGUUCACGUCAAGCUUGCCAAAGCUGGUGAGCGACAAAAGCUCAUUCGUGUCGAAGUGUUGAUGGAGAAUGCCACAAUUUUCCUUCAUUUGAGCCUGGAGAACAAGCACUGGCCAUUCUCGAUGCGCAAUGAGAGUGAUCAGGAGUUCCUUUUCUGGCAGGCAAACCCGAAUGUUGAUGAGGACGAAGAGGAUCGUAGCUCUGGCUGGAAGCCAAUCCGCUACCGAUUGCCGCCACGCAGCAUCAUGCCAUACGCAUGGGAUUAUCCAGCCGCGAAGAACAAGAAUCUCAUCAUCAAUGCUAAUGGCAAAGAGCGUCACAUUAAGCUUGCCGAGAUCGGAAACUUGAUUCCAAUGCGACUUCCCGCUGGCCAACAACAGCAGCGGCAGAAAAUCAUCGAUCUGAACGUUGUCGCUCAGGGACCAACUCAAACGCUUGUCGUUUCAAACUACAAGCCCCAGACAAGUCUGUACAAGCAGAAGUCGGCGUCUGCAAGCGCAUCGACAACGACUGGCUUUGAGGUCAAAGAACAAGAUGCUGAUGUGACAAUGAGGGCGACACUGCGACUAGCAGGCAUAGGUCUGUCGCUUAUCAAUCGACAGCUGCGUGAGCUCGUUUACGCCACAUGGCGUGACAUCGAGCUCAAGUACACAGAUUCGCCCCUGUACCAGACUUUUGCGUUGACCAUCAAGUGGAUCCAAGUUGAUAACCAGCUUUACGGUGGCAUCUUUCCCCUGAUCAUAUACCCUAGUGUCGUACCCAAGACUGGCAAGGAAAUGGAGGCGCACCCGAUCUUCCGAACUACAUUGACUAGAGUCAAGGACGAUUCUUACGGAGUGCUCUAUAUCAAAUACUUCACUUUCCUGAUGCAGCAAAUGACGAUCGAGAUCGACGAAGACUUCAUAUUUGCCGUGCUUGAUUUUACCAAAGUACCUGGAGCCUCUUGGACAGAAGAAAAGGAAGGAAGCCUUGUGCCAGAGAAUCUCGACGUCCCUGAGCCCCAAAAUGAACAAUCCGGUCAGGACAUCUACUUUGAACUGCUUCAUUUGCAGCCGAUGCAGUUCGAUCUCUCAUUCGUACGCACGGAACGGAUCAACGCAGACGAUACCGGCAGCUCGUCGUCGAACCCCCUCCUCUUCGUCGUCAACGUCUUGACCAUGUCCAUCGGAAACGUGAACGAUGCACCCAUUCGCUACAAUGCAUUGAUGCUCGAAAAUGCCCGCCUGUCGACAGGCGCUCUGAUCAGCAACAUCAGGAGCCAUUACGUGCAAGAGUCCCUGCGACAGGUGCAUGUAGUGAUUGGAUCCGCAGAUUUCCUCGGCAAUCCUGUCGGCUUGUUCAACAACAUCAGCUCAGGUGUUGCCGACAUCUUUUACGAACCGUACCAAGGUUUGGUCACGGACCGCCCACAGGAUCUCGGCAUUGGUAUUGCAAAGGGAGCAAGCAGCUUCGUCAAGAAGAGUGUAUUUGGACUGUCUGACAGUGUGUCCAAAUUCACCGGAAGCAUCAGCAAAGGCUUGGCUGCUGCUAGCAUGGACAAGGAGUUCCAGGAUUCUCGACGCAUGUCUCGUGCCCGCAACCGGCCGAAGCACGCUCUCUAUGGUAUCACUUCUGGUGGUAAUGCAUUUGCCAGCAGCCUUGCAAGUGGUAUCGGUGGGCUCGCGCGCCAGCCCAUGCAAGGGGCGGAAAGAGAAGGCGCUGCUGGCUUCGUCAAAGGCGUGGGCAAAGGCUUGCUCGGACUGGCGACAAAGCCUGCUAUUGGCGCCUUUGAUCUCGCCUCGAGCGUUGCUGAAGGCGUUCGCAACACGACAACAGUCUUCGACCAAGAUGGCCUGGACCGUGUGCGACUUGCCCGCUUCAUUGGCAUAGACGGGAUCGUUCGUCCAUACAGUCAACGUGAAGCCCUGGGCCAAUUCUGGUUGAAGACCCUCGAUAAUGGAAAGUUCUUCAACGAGCAUUACAUCGCCCACCUUGAGCUCAACUCGGGCUCUCAGAGCACACAGCGACAGCAGGCGCAAUCUGGUCGGCCGAGCCAACAGACUGAGGCAUCAAUGCUGAUCAUGAUCACAUACAACUCCAUCAUGCUGGUCCGCGCGAAGAAGCUGGUGAGCGAAUGGGAGGUUCCUCUCAAGGACAUCCAGACCAUCAGCAAGGAGCGUACGGGAAUGAGUAUCAUCUUGAAAGGCGGGACCAAUGGACCUUUCAUUCCAAUUGCGGACGAGACCAGCCGCAAUUGGCUGUACAAACAGGUCGCAAUCGCCGUGAAUGCGUAUAACGACAGAUGGAAUGCGAAGGGUUAAGUGGUAGAGGAAGAUUAUUCAUAGAUACCUAGUCUCACAUAUUUUUACAAGGCGCCUUUGAUCCCUGGGAUGAAGCAAUUUC